AUGAGGCCAUCUUGGAAGACCACCAUCUGCGAUUGUGCAUACGAUCCGAUCAAGAUGACGACGGCUGGCACGACACGCAAGCUCAAGGUGCUUAUGGCACACGGAUAUACGAGCAACAAGUUCCAAUUCUUCAAGCGCUCGGGUGCGAUUCGCAAGGCGUGCCGCGACGUGGCCGACUUUACGUUUAUCAAUGGUCCGCUGAUUGUGCAGCCGAUCACGUCUGCGGGCGAUCUGGAUGCGCCGGACGUGGAGGAUGGCAAGUUGGUGGACGAAGACACGCCGAUCGAGGAGCAGCCGCGUGCGUGGUGGCGAGCGGACGACGAUGGCAACUAUCUGGACUGGGACAAGUCGGUGGCGUACCUGAACGAGGUGCUCAAGACCGAAGGACCGUUUGAUGGCAUCGUCGGGUUUUCUCAGGGUGGAUGUCUGGCAGGGAUCCUUGCGAGUGCGUUCGAGAAGCCAGAGCGCAUGUCUGGCCUCGAGCUGCCCAAGGGACAGGGAGCCUUCCGGUUCGCAGUGGCCGUGUCCGGUUUCCGCAGCCGCGACAAGCUGCACCAGAAGCUGUUUGAGCAGCCCAUUCAAACGCCCGUGCUGCACGUGCUGGGACGUGCGGAUCAGAUUGUGGAUCUGGAACGCUCGCAGACGCUCGUCGACGUGUGCAAGAACUCGCGCGUGGAACUUCACGACGGCGGCCACUCUCUUCCCUCGCAGGCACCGUGGCGCAACUUUUUCCGCGACUUUUUCAGUACGUUCUGCUCGGAGCCGUACGUGGCGAACGACGAGUGGCGAAGGGUGGCGGGACCUUCGGAUCGACCGCGAGGCGACACGCCGGCGGGCUCGGGAACGGUGACGCCUACGCCUGAAGCGACGCAGGCGGCGACGAGCAACGCAACGAGCCAUGCGACGGGCGCGACAGGUGAGCGAGACAUCGAUCCAUCGAACCCUGCGCGAACGGUACCUAAGAAGAAAGCCAACUCGCCUUUCCUGGUUCAUCAGCGGUGGAAGGAGGAGCAGGAGGUGAGGCGAAGAAAGGCGGCCGAACGCGACUCUAGCGGCGGUAGCAACAGCAGCAAGAGCGACAAGAAGGGCAAGUCGAGGCGCUCGAGCAAUGGCGCCGAGGAGACGACGGAUCUGAGCGGCGCCGCGCGGAUGAUGAUCAAGGUGGUGCGAUUUGCGAUCAUGUCGAUCGCGAUUGCGAUGGUGACGGGCUUGUUUGUGGCGGGCGAUCCGCUGUGGGGCUACCGAGGCAAGUACACGAAGCUGCGCACCUAUCUCCCUUAUCGGGAGAAGAUCUUCUCGCUUCCGGAGCUGGCCAUGUACAACGGACGGGAUGAGAAGAAGCCGAUCUACAUUGCUAUUUUGGGCGAUGUCUACGACGUGAGCGAGGGCCGACGGAUCUACGGGCCGGGGGGCUACUACUCGUUCUUCAGCGGGCGCGAUGCCAGCCGCGCAUACGUGACGGGAUGUUUCAAAACGCAUCUGACGUACGACGUGCGCGACUUUGACGACCAGCAGAUGAGCGGCCUGAUGGCAUGGAAGGAUUUCUACGACAAGCACGCCAAGUACCACAAGGUUGGACGGGUAGUGCUGCCGCCGCUAGACGACAGUGUGCCGGUUCCUGAGCCGUGCGAAGACCCGUCGGCGCAAAAGAGCACACCACGGGAGGCGGAAUUGCAUCGGCGCUCAUGCGUCUCGAAAUCGAUUCCCAACCCGGCCCGUCCUCUCUCUUGCAACAAUGCUACGAUGCAAGCCAACAAGCCAGAGAAAGCCGAGCGAAGCCCACCCAACUACAUUUUGCUCUUCGAGAGUGGUCUGGCCUGCAUCGCCUCUUGCCUAAUUCAGCACGCAGCUCCUCUUGCCUCUCUACCGAAGAGUCGCUACUGUCUCGCCAGCCAGAGAGCAGAACCGCAGCCCGAGCCGCCCCCUUCGCAUGCUCUCAUGCACCACACUCGCCAGCCCGUCUGGGCUCCCGAGUCCAACACCUGCCAUGUCACCCGCGCCGCUCUCCCACCCGAGCCACUCCCUUGGCUCCAUCGCUUCGCCUUGCCUCGCCUUGCCUCGCCCUGCCUCGCCCUACACCGCCCGGCGCUUGAUUUCACUCGGCGUAGCGAUCGGCGCGGGAGCCAUCGUAUGUCGCUCUCGGCCCACGAUGGCCUGCUCUGCUUGACAACAGCGCAUCUCGCCCUCGCCUCCGCGCUCAACCCUGGCGCCGCGCCGUUCCAGACCGCAAUCAGGGUCCUACCGGCAUAUCGCUGCAUCCUCCCCUCCCGCCUCAAAGUUUCGCCCGCUGGCUCUCCCACCGAAUCGGCUCCGCGCAACCAGCGAUGCAUCAUCAUUGCGUCUGGCUGCCUCGCUGGCUUGUCGCCUUGCCCGCCUUCUUCUCCUUCCCUGGGUCCGCUGUCGCAUGACACCCGCUCGUGCAGCUACUCGCCCAGCAACGCCCGCAGCCACCUCCCUCUCUCCUCCGCGCCGCCGCGCCGCCGUGCCGCAGAAGAAGCACUUCCAGCUCCCCAUAUUGACCCAAGUCCAUCUGCUUUUUCUAGCACCGACGCAACUCCUUGGCAAUCUGCCCUCCCUGCUCGUUCCAGUCGGCCUCGUGGCAAAUAUACUUCCCGUCUGCGCCCGCAGUCUGUUCCGCCCAUCUCUCGUUGGCGCUUUGCCCUCCUUCUCGCGCCCGCACUUCCGCGUCCUGCUUCGUCGCUGCGCUAUCUUUGGGUCGCCAUUGGUUCGCUGCCUCUUGUGACACCCACGCACCUACCCGAAACUCAUCUCGUCCGGGCCCGCUCAUCGCAGCGCCGCCACAACGCCGUCUGGCGAGUCGUAUUCCCCUCUCUCCAUCCUGUAUCCUCCUCCUACUCGCGGGACUCGGCGUGCAACAUCACCCCGCCAGCUCUCCACGUAUUGCCUUUCCCUCCCGACCUGGCCCUCAUCAUGAACACGGGCUUUCCACCACGAAACACUCGAGCCCUCGACAACACCGAUCAACCCGCUUCGUCUCGACGCACUCCCACCACACCACCAGACAUCGCAGAUCGACCCCAGCACCAGAUUGUAGCCACACCACAGCCUUUGUAUGCCCAGCAGCAGCCGCCCACGAACCAGCAACAGCAGUACACGACGCCGCAUACCGCUUCCAUGUAUUCGGCUUCGUAUCACUCUAGAGCCCCCGGCCAACCGCACAAUUCGCAGCUCGCCCACCACCACCACAUGUACCAGACCCACCAGCCCUCGCAGCAGGACCAGCAGGACCAGCACGAGAUGCAACAGCACCUGCAGCAACAGCACCAGCAGCAGCAGCAGCACCAACAACAGCACCAGCACCAGCACCCACCUUCGAAGCAACAGAACCAGCAGCACCAGCAGCAGCAGAACUAUCAGCAGACGGCCCAGCACGCGCAGUAUCCGCUUCAGCGCGCAGCAGGGCAGGCGUUCAGUGUGCCGCGCACCGUGUCGACGCCGUCGUGGAUGUCGGGCGCGCAUUCGGCGGCGCAUCCGGCUUCGUCGAACAUCAGUCCACCCACGUCGGCCACGGCGCCGCUGUCGUCGUCGUCGUCGAGCGCAUCGCUGCUCUCCUACUGGGACCAGAGCGUGGCUAGCGACUCGGAGCUCGCCAUGGCCUCGGCCAUCUCGCCCACCGACGCGCACUACACGCUGUCGGAUUCGUCGCACCAUCGGUAUGCGUCGAGUGCUUCGCUGCCAGCUCUGUCGCCGACAGGCGUUGUUUCGCAUCCGAUCGCGCUCAAUGCAGCAGGCACACCGGCGCAGAUGUACUAUGGCGUGGGAAGCGCAGAGCACUUUCACCCGUACCGUCCUGCGUCGGUGCAACCGAUGGCAGCAGGUUCAGCAGUGCAGAGCUACCAUCCUGCCGUGGUGUCGGUCUCACCCGGCGGCGUAGUCUAUCCGGGCGGCGUGUCAACACAGCAUACAGCGGGAGGACUGGUGUACGGCGCAUCGAGUUCGUCGUUGCCUCUGCCGUCGGGCUCGUCGUACGAUGCCUACUCGCCCUCGUUUGGGACGCAUUCGGGCUACGUGUCGUAUCUGGCACCGCAGAGCGCACACGACUCGCGCUUCUAUGCGCUGAAUCCGUUUGAGAUCAAGCAUCGUCGACGCACGACCAAGACGCAGUUCCGCGUGCUCGAGUCGACGUUCCGCGAGGUGCCCAAGCCCAACGCUACGCUGCGCAAGCAGAUCAGUGCGCAGCUCGACAUGCCCGUGCGCGCGGUGCAGAUCUGGUUCCAGAAUCGACGUGCCAAGGCAAAGGCGCUGGAGAAAAAGAGGAACCGGGAUGGCGCGACCGAUGCUGGGAACGAUCGGAGCAGAGCGGCGGGGGACGUGGGAGCAAGUCAUGUGGGAAUGGAUGCAGAGCGUAGGACGCAGGAGGUCUCGUAUGGUGCGGGGGUGGAACAGCAUGAUCGUGGCCACGCGAGCGGGUAUACAGACGCACAGCGAGAAAGCAGAUCGGUCGACCUUCCGCCGUUGCGUCUGCAUGCAGAUGCCCAACGCCCAACGGCAUACGCACCGCUGUCACCACGACUCACUCUGCCGGCGAUCCAUGUAGACCCGUCGCGCGAUCGCAGACUCGCUUCGCCCCCACCCGUAUCGCCCGACCCCAGCUCGGCUGCAAACCAUCCACUCCACGAGACUCCCGAGCUCCCGCGCCACGCCGCCAUGGGUAGUUCCCUCGAGGCUUCACUCAGGCCCAAUAGGCUCAAUCCACCAGCUCUGCCAUCUGUGUCGUCGGCGCGACAGCCAACGCACGACGCAAGCCGAUACUGGGCCACGCAACAGUAA